GCCGGGGCUGCUAAGGCGCUGAGGGGGAGAGGCGCCGCCAGCGCCGCCCGGGGACCCGUUAGAGCGGAAGCGCAGCCGCCGCCUCUGCCGUCGCGGGGUUCCCGGCAGGUGAAGCGGGAGCCAUGUCGAAGCGGCUCCGGAGCAGCGACGUGUGCGCCGACUGCAGCGGGCCGGAUCCUUCCUGGGCAUCAGUAAAUAGGGGAACUUUUAUAUGUGACGAGUGUUGCAGUGUUCAUCGGAGUCUAGGGCGCCAUAUCUCCCAAGUAAGGCAUCUUAAACACACACCAUGGCCUCCAACAUUGCUUCAGAUGGUUGAGACCUUGUAUAACAAUGGUGCUAAUUCUAUAUGGGAGCAUUCUCUGCUGGACCCCGCAUCUAUUAUGAGUGGACGACGGAAAGCUAGUCCGCAGGAUAAAGUGCACCCCAAUAAAGCAGAGUUCAUCAGAGCCAAGUAUCAGAUGUUAGCGUUUGUCCACCGAUUGCCCUGCCGUGACGACGACAGUGUGACUGCCAAAGACCUUAGUAAGCAACUCCACUCAAGUGUGCGAACAGGGAACCUGGAGACCUGUCUGAGAUUGCUGUCUCUAGGAGCCCAAGCCAACUUCUUCCAUCCUGAAAAAGGAAGCACUCCACUCCACGUCGCCUCCAAAGCAGGACAGAUUUUACAGGCUGAAUUAUUGGCAGUGUACGGAGCUGACCCAGGCACGCAGGAUUCCAGCGGGAAGACUCCUGUUGAUUAUGCAAGGCAAGGAGGGCACCAUGAGCUGGCGGAGCGCCUCGUGGAGAUACAGUACGAGCUGACUGACAGACUGGCCUUCUACCUCUGCGGCAGGAAACCAGAUCACAAAAAUGGACAGCACUUUAUAAUUCCUCAAAUGGCAGACAGCAGCCUGGAUGUGUCUGAGUUGGCAAAAGCUGCCAAGAAGAAGCUUCAGUCUCUAAGUAAUCAUUUGUUUGAAGAACUUGCCAUGGAUGUGUACGAUGAAGUUGACAGACGAGAGACUGAUGCAGUCUGGCUUGCCACGCAAAACCACAGCACCCUGGUAACCGAGACAACCGUCGUCCCCUUUCUUCCGGUCAAUCCUGAGUACUCCUCAACACGAAACCAGGGCAGACAGAAAUUAGCUCGGUUUAAUGCCCAUGAAUUUGCUACGCUGGUCAUCGACAUCCUCAGUGACGCCAAGAGGAGACAGCAAGGCAGUCCUAUGUCCAGGUCAAAAGAGAAUGUGGAACUCAUACUGAGAACCGUCAGUAACCAGCACAGCACUGAGAGUCAGGACAACGACCAGCCAGACUAUGACAGUGUGGCCUCAGACGAAGACACGGACGUGGAGACCAGAGCGAGCAAGGCCAACCGGCAGAAGAGCCUAGAUUCAGAUUUGUCAGAUGGACCAGUCACUGUGCAGGACUUUAUGGAGGUCAGAAGCGCCCUAGUGGCUUCUGAGGCCACGAUACAGCAGCUAAUGAAGGUGAAUAACAACUUGAGUGACGAGCUGAGAAUUAUGCAGAAAAAGCUUCAAACGCUCCAGAGUGAGAAUUCAAGCCUCAGGAAGCAGGCCACAACCAAUGCCUGUCAGGUGCAGACUGGCCCUGACUACCCAGACACUUCCAGCCACUCAUCCUUAAAGCGCCGGCCGUCGGCCCGGGGCAGUAGGCCCAUGUCCAUGUAUGAGACUGGAUCAGGUCAGAAACCAUACCUCCCACUGGGGGAAGCAAACCGCCCUGAGGAGAGCAGGACGAGACUUCAGCCUUUCCCUGCUCAUAUCGGGAGGAGUGCACUUGUGACCUCCUCUUCGUCUCUGCCUUCCUUCCCCUCCACACUUUCCUGGUCCAGGGACGAAAGCGCCCGAAGGACAUCCAGGCUGGAGAAGCAGAACAGCACCCCAGAGAGCGACUACGACAACACCCCCUAUGACACUGAGCCAGAUGACACAGUGUCAAACCGGAAAGGACGGCAGAGGAGUAUGGUGUGGCCAGGUGACGGCUCAUUGCCAGACACAGCAGAGCUCCACUUGGUCCCCAGCUCCACGCUCCCCAGCACAGAAGAUGUCAUCCGGAAGACUGAGCAGAUCACCAAAAACAUCCAGGAGCUCCUGAGAGCCGCCCAGGAGAACAAACAUGACAGCUAUAUUCCCUGCUCAGAGAGAAUACAUGUCGCUGUUACUGAGAUGGCAGCCUUGUUCCCCAAAAAACCCAAGUCUGACACGGUGAGGACUUCCCUCCGGUUACUGACGUCCAGUGCCUACCGGCUCCAGUCGGAGUGCAGAAAGGCCCUCCCGGGAGACGCGAGCUUGCCCACAGAUGUGCAGUUGGUCACUCAGCAGGUCAUCCAGUGUGCCUAUGACAUCGCCAAGGCCGCCAAACAGCUGGUCACAAUCACCACCAAAGAGAACAACAACUGAGCUUGAGGCAUGGCCCUGUUUUCUAGGCUUCUGGAAGUCCAGCUUCGGUGUAGACCUGAACUCUUCAGAUUUUUACAGAAACGUUAAUGAUGAUUUGAAACUUUUUAAAGAAAACUCAGUAUUAUUUUUGCAUGUUUUCUAACAGACUUCUGACUGUGACUUACCGUUGCCUUACCUGUGCCUGUUUGCAGCCCAUUCCUGCUGUGUUGCCGCCAGGCUUAGAUCAUGACCAGAUGUGUGUCAGGUCUCUGUGCGGAGUUCGCUAAAACUCUCCCAUCCCUUAAAACUCUCUACCCAUGGCUGAAACUAUAACUGAUAUUUUUAGUAAAACCUUUUCUUAAGACAGAUGGAUUUUUUAAAAAUGACUUCUCUGUUCCUUCCAAGCAUCGUGCAAUAAGUAGAUUGUCUAUCCUGCCGUAGACUCUCAGAGCUCGGGGUAUCUCCAGGCGUGUGUGGAGAGCAGGGUCCUCGCCUCUUCUAAAGAGAGCGCAUCUCUUGGGAGAGACAAGGAAAUGACCCACAUCUAACUUUUGUAUCAUGUUAAGUGUGUGUUAUUUAAUAUUUUUAUCUUGAUUUUCUAUCUAUAAAGAUUUUACCAUCAUGCUGAAGUCUCCGUAGUGUCCAAAUAGUAGUUACGAAUCCCCCCUCUACGUCAGGUUCCAGUUAGCCACAUUCAGAGCAGGAGUGGCACCCAUUGUCAGGGACCUACCUUCCCCCCAGCCUGACAGUUGACUCAGAACUUACUGCAAAGAGAACCGCGGGUCUUGCACUGGGCGGACACCACGGUGCCCUUCAUUCUGUGACCCCUCACAGCUUCACAUGACUCCUGCUCUGGAAGGGUUUCUUCCCAGGUAAGACGUAAUGGUCUCAGUUUCUUCCUUCACCUCACUGCUACUUAGAGAUUAAGUAGUUCUCAGCAUGCUCCAACUGACUGCAGCUCUCCCAUAGCUCUGCAAGGGCAGAGGUUGACACUCAGACCACAGCAGCACUGGGGUUUACAUUACUUAAGGCUCUUCCUUAAUAUCCCAGCUUACCCCAUCUGUUUCGUAUGGGUGGAACUCAGGCCCUAACCUGAGAGAGCAGGCAGUGUAUGGCUAUGAAGGCAGUCCGGUGUCCAGCAGGGCAGAGGGCAGCUGGGGAGCCCCGCCUGGCCUGCAAGGACAGCGGCUCCUCUCCCUCUCACUCCUCUCCUGUUGCUGUGGAGAAACAGACUUGAAGUUGCUAAAGCUUUGGUUUUUCCAGAUACCAGAAAUUUUAUGCCAUUUUUCUAGUUAGAAAUGUGGGUAGUCAAUCCAGACAUGCCCACUGAAGAGGUGGAAGUGACCUGUAGCCUCUAGGCUGCCUCUCACAGCCUCUGCUGGUGUCUUUAAACUGCAACAUGAGGGCUGGCUUUUUUUUUUUUUUUUUUUUUGGUUUUUCGAGACAGGGUUUCUCUGUGUAGUUCUGGUGCCUGUCCUAAAUCUCACUCUGUAGACCAGCCUGGCCUCCAAAUCACAGAGAUCUGCCGGCUCUGCCUCCUGAGGAGGGCUGGCUUUACUGGCCACCAGAAGUAGGCCUCUGAGCCAGCAGUGGAAGGCAGCGAUCACCUGCCAUGAGGUCACUGUCAGUCUCCUCCCCUGUGUGCUCUGUGGGAAUGAUCAAGGGUGCAGGUUUCCUCCCGGAAACAGCACCGCCACAGUCAGGUUCUCCAGGUCAGGUUGCCUACAUUGUGUGCAUGGGAAAGGGCCAGCACUCCAGAAACUGUGCCCACUUAUCUGUCCGUAAAACCCUAAAUGCCACAUCGCUGCUGAAUGCCCAGGAGUGCCUUUCCCAAAGGGGUCUGCUAGCUUGAGCUCAGGCAUUGACUUUGACAAGCUUUUCUGCAUGCUUCAAGGACUCUGCUGCCCUUCCUGGCAGGCUCUGCGGAGCUGGUUCCAAUCCUGAGCUGGUUCCCAUGAUCCCCAGGGAGGACAGGCCUCUGUUGGAAGCUUCUUGGAAGAGAAUUUUUCGUUAGAGGCAAGGACAUGCCACAGAGGACACUGUCUGUAGAAAAUUAAGGAACUCGGGGCCAGUACAGUGUUUCCAACUGCUCUCAAAAACACCAGAGUUCAGUCAGUCCUGAGUGCUCCUCAGGCCUUCCAGGUGGACGCCAAGGAAACAGCAGGAGGUGCCCCACACAGCCCCUCAUGCGACCUGGGGUCAGAACAUUCUGCUCCCAUAGGCAAAUGCAUCCUGUCUCAAUGCUUGUCCUGGCCAGUUUUGCUUGUGGGUCCCAUCGCCUUGCGCAAGUCAGCCCUGCGUCCAAUCCAGCUGUUCUGUCCCUUCUUCCCUGUUCUUCUUUCCUGCCUGUGUACCCCACUUCCCGGGACCGAGAGGAUGAAGGGCCUGCUGGUGAGCUGGCCCCGCCCCAAGCUCCACUUGCCGAAGGCACCGUGGCCUCAGCGUGACGGUUCUUACUUGCCAAAGACUUGAGUCCAGUGUUGCCACAGUCGGGACUAUAAUCACACAGUGUGGGGUGCUCCCCUGCCUCCAGUGAGUCCUCCACAGCUCCCGUGAGCCUCUUGUAGUCCAGUCUCCUUUCCUUCCUUGUGCUAGUUGAAUAUAACCCGUGCUCUUAGAAAACACAGUGCUGCAUAGACAAAACGAGACGCAUGUCACGCCGGGGGUUUACCUGCGUCGCUCCUUCGCCUGCACUGUUCCUCGUUGUCAUUAAACAUCCUGUUCCUGAUGAUGCUGUCCCCUCGUGUAAAGCCGUUCUGGAAACGGUCCCUGCCAGUUAUGCAGUAAACAGUCUCUUCAAG